AUGUGUUUCAUCAGUUCUGGUGAAAAUGUCAGUCUGCCCUGUAAUAAUGCUCUUCAUGACUGCACAUCAACUACAUGGCUCUAUAACAGACAUUCAGCAGCAGUUGAACUGAUUGCUGGAGGGAUAAUUAUGAAACAAAUCAAGAGACAUGAGAGACUGAGUCUGGGGUCUGACUGCUCUCUGAACAUCAACAACAUCUCAAAAGAAGAUUAUGGAUCUUACAGCUGCAGACAAUAUGUGAAUGGACAACAAGGAACUGAUGCUCGUGUUUUUCUGCUGUUCUUCAUGGUAUUUUUAAAAUCAUGUGGUCAUUUUAAAAGGGCAAAUUCUUGGUUUAAACUCCCAUGAUUUUUUGUGUUUUAGUCUCUUCACCAAACCUCAUCCUCAUCCUCACAGACUGAGAUCAGUGCAGGUCUCUCUGUGACUCUCUUCUGUCAGCUGUAUUCAUAUCCUCGAGUCUCUUGUGAUGAUUGGAUCCGUUCUGAGAGAAUUCAGCUGUUCUGGGUGAAUCAGGCUGGUGUUAAACUGACGAGAUCAGACUCCAGAUAUCAGAUAUCAUCCUCAUCAGAUCACUGUAUCAUCACUCAGAGUAUAACACUCCUGAAUGAAGAUCAGAACAGAGAGUGGAGAUGUGAAGUUACUCAGAGAGAUCAACUCAAGAUCUCAGUCACAUACACUGUCAAGAGUUGUGAGAAAACAAGCCUAUCAGUCAGUUAUGAAGAGUUUCUGUUAGAUGUGCAAAUAUAA